CAAUAUUAAGAUCAUAUACUUCCAUCUUAGCAUAUGAAGGACAAAAUGAAAUUUAUUAUUUCCGUUAAAUAUUUUAUUCUCCUGCUUUGGAUUUACAAUGUGGUUGCAGAACAACUCGACUUAGGUGAUGAUUUCAAUUUUAUACCUAUAACGCAGCAACCAUUAGCGUACUUCCCUCAGCCACGUAUAGUUGGAGGACAAAAUGCUAAAAACAAUCAGUUUCCAUACCAAAUUUCUCUGCGACUAUAUAAUUACCAUAUUUGCGGAGGUUCUAUAAUAUCACGAAAUUAUGUAGUGACUGCCGCUCACUGUGUUACCACAGGUUCCGGAAGCACUAUUAGAAACACAUCACUUUCAAUGAUGACAAUUCGAGCAGGAAGUAGAGAAGUAAACUCUGGUGGGAUAAUUGUUGGAGUAUCUAAAGUUAUUGUGCAUCCAGAUUAUAAAAAUUUUAACAACGAUAUAGCAGUCAUAAAAUUAUCAAAACCUUUGGAAUUAAGUGGAAGCAUACAACCUAUAGCCUUGGCAAAACAAAAUCCGAAAUCUGGUGUAAAAGUUGUGACAAGUGGCUGGGGUCGUUUACGAACAGGAGGUGAUACACCACAAAUUCUUCAAUUUAAUACAUUAACUUCGAUUAGUAAUGCUGAAUGUAAACGUCGAAUUGGAAAUGUUGCAACAUCUAUUUUAUGUCUAGGCCACACUAACGACAAUGGUGUUUGCAAUGGCGACUCUGGAGGUCCAGCGGUUUAUAACAACCAACUAGUUGGUGUUACUAAUUUCAUUGUUGGUGGAUGUGGAUCUAAUGCUCCUGAUGGCUACGCUAGUGUAGCCUUCUUUUCAAGCUGGAUUCGAAACAAUACAGAUUUGAAAUAAUUUUAAAUUUUAUUUAAUAAACUAAGUGGCAAUGGUAAAAAUUA